CGCCUGUGUUUCCUGUUCCAUUCUGCUUGCACCGCGCUUUACUUCUGUCAGUUGUUCUGUCAGAUCCACGUCAACUAAGCGACUCGAAUCUCCUUAGAGCCGCAUCAGACAUGGGGAGGGUUCCCGUGCGCCUCAAAGAGGUGACGUACGCGCUGUCGCCGUUCGAGCAGAAGAUCAUGGGUGGGCUGUGGAAGGACAUGGGGAAGGAGUGGGUCAAGAAGGUCAAGAACAACUGGCUCGACGCCGCCACCUGCGUCGGACCCAUCGCCGGAACUUACUGGUACGUGCAGUGGUACAACGAGCAGGAGAAGCAGCACCACCGGUGUUGACAACCGUGCCGCCCAGCAGCGAUUCACUCAUUGCCUGUGUUGCUCUUGCAGGCACUGACAUGCUUCAGGAGGAGAUCCUGGCAGGGGUGCCUGAUGAUGCAAGUCCUUCAGCGCAUGCAGUAAUUCAUGACAGGAUAUGCACUACGGCACCUACCAACUGUUCUGCACAUUGUUGAAGUUGCUUCUUGUCAAAGAAAAUGCCUUAACCCCACAGACCUUCUUGGAAAACUCUUUACCCUGCACGUUGUUUCUGAUCUGAAGGUUAGCUGCACAAGUUUGGCUGAGAUGCGCUACCUCGUGCAAUUGCAACCCAUGAUUAUGUUUUGCAGUUGCUGGGGCAUGAUGUUUUUUUUGUAUACUAACUAAAGCGGGUUGUAUGGAGAC